AUGCAGACACCCGUCCAUCAUUUCUCACCAUUGAAUGAUAUUGGAGAUUUUGUGGUACCCGUGCUGAGAGAUCAAGCCGGCUCUAAAUCAAACUACGACAAAAAGUCAGCUUUGAUAGAAAAGUUUCGGGAAAAUCAUGAUGAGUCAAAUAGCUUAAGCGAGUUGGAUUGGAAUGAAGUCAAAGAGCUUUCUUUUUCCAGGUUUGCGAGUAUGAAACCAGAUGCCGGCCAAGCUUCACCUAUUCUUUCGAAAAACCAAAACUCACUACUUCAACAAACUCAACCAGCUAUAUCAAGAAUACAAAACAUUCCAUCUUCUUUACUGCAUUCUAAGCCGCAUAAUAAACAAACUCAGAGGCUGCAUCUUAGACUCUCGGAAAAUAAUUUGACUAUUGAGCAUCCAGAUCCCCUAGAUGAUGCAAGUUUCAGUUUGUCGCCAGGUCCCAAAAAAGUUUUAUCAAAAGUUUCUGGUUUUGAUCCAAUCCAACCACCAUCCUUGGACAGAGAUGCGCCAAAGCCCUUACUACUGAUAACCCCUAACUCAAAGAAGCGAAUAACCUCAGUUGGAGUGUCUUUGACUCCGGCACAGUUUAACCUGAAUGAUACAAACUUGCACAAUGAUCGAGAAAUGCUUCAUAAUUAUGAGGUAGGACCAUUGAUUGGAAAUGGGGCUUUUGCUAGCGUUUAUCGAGCACGAAACAAACUAACUGGGGAGGUCGUUGCGAUAAAACAAAUACGACUAGAGCAGGGCCAAGAUGUAUCUGCCGCAAUGGGGGAAAUAGACCUUUUAAAGAUAUUAAAGCACCCAAAUAUCGUGAAAUACCAUGGAUUUGCUAAAAAUUCAACAACAUUCAACUUAGUAUUGGAGUUUUGCGAAGGUGGGUCUUUAAGACAAUUGUACAAGCGCAAAGGAAAAGGUUUUUCUGAAGCGAAAGUGAAAUACUAUGUCAAAGGUAUAUUGCAUGGGCUAGCUUAUUUACAUAGCCAAGGUGUGGUUCAUAGAGAUGUUAAGGCAAGUAAUGUGCUUUUGACAAGUUCAAACGAUGUGAAAUUGGCUGACUUUGGAGUCGCUGCGAGAGAGAAUUCCCAGCACCAUACAGUAGUUGGAACUCCAAAUUGGAUGGCGCCCGAAACAAUACUUGGUGGAGACGGUUUAUGUACUUCCUCUGAUAUUUGGUCGUUGGGAGCGACUAUAAUUGAAUUACUAACAACAAAUCCGCCAUAUCAUGAUUUGAACCCUAUGGCUGCCCUCCACGCAAUUGGAACAGACGAGUAUCCGCCAUUACCAAAAGGUAUUUCCCAAGCUUUAAGGGAUUUUUUGUUGGAAUGUUUCCAAAAACAACCAAAUUUGCGUAUAAGUGCCAAGUUAUUGUUGAACCAUCAGUGGUUGUUGCAGGAUAACAAUGCAAGCACAGAAAAGAAAUUGAGUUUGAACAAUUUAAAGCAUCAAGAAAGUAAAGUACCAUAUCUGAUAAACCUGUCUAGUUUUGACAACAAACAAGGCAAUGCGAAACAAAGUGUCAAUCAAGUAGCAAUAAUAGAAGCACAAGCAGGGGAUGGAAAAAUCAAACCACAAAUACAUCGUACAAAUUUAUCAAAGAACGACUUGCUUAGCAAGUUUCAAGAAUCUGAAAAUGUCGAUGACAUACUUUUAAACGAUUUGGAUAUGAACACAAAAGUUGUUAAAGACUUUGCUGUGGCCAAUUUCGGGGACGAAAGUAAGGAUAAAGAUCCCUUUUUAGACAUUGAUGUACAUGAUUUUGAUUCAAACGAGCUCGAAAUACAGGUCAAAAUGGAAUACUUGGUUACUAAGCUCGGCCGAAAGUUGGAACGCAUUGGUGGAGGCGGCGAACAAGAAUCGGGACCAUCUAAAGCGCCAUUCAAAUACACAUCUAGGUCAACACUUUGGUCAACAUCUGCAUCUACACUAGCAUCCACCGCAGCUGCUCUUGUGAAAAUCACAGGACGAAUGUUACACCUUAUCAAGAAGUACCCAUUUCUGCAUGACGCAUUUGUUAGAGAUCAUGGUGUUUUAAAUUUGCUUGAAUUAUUGCAAUUGACUCAAGAACUUUCUGAUCAGCAACAACUAUGGUACCACGCAUUGUCGAUACUCAACUUUAUAUUUGAGAGCAACAUUGGCCAAUUGGAAAACUUUUGUUUUUUAGGAGGAAUACCAGCUGUUUCGCAUUUCAGAAGCUCAAACUUUGAUGUGAGAGUACGAUUACAGGUUGCACGCUUUAUCAACUGUCUCAUUGAUUCAAAACAAGCGCUCUCGAUGUUUGUCUCGUGUGGCGGUCUUCGCUUAGUUUCAAAAUUUGUCGAAGAAGAUUACGAUAAUAUACCGCUGUUCCAGCUCACUGCGGUAGACUCUAUCUACGCCGUCUUGAUGACCGAUGUGAGCCGCUCCAAAUCAGAUCUUUGUCGUAUAUUGUCCAAGCAUGAUGUUUUAUUCUGGUUCUUGGUAUUGCUCAACCGGCUAACCCAAAAGGAAAAUAGAAAACAGCAAAUUUCCGAGUCAAGUAAUAACGCUCGCACUAUUCAAAAGAUUAUUGAUGUGGUUAGGUGCUUUAGCCAAUCUGAAGUCAAAGUGAGGACCCAUAUUGCAAGUGCCGAUAUGUUCAAACUUGUAAUACGGAUAUAUCAAAACAUCAGUUUCCAACAACAACUUGCACUUCUCAAAUUCUUAAAAUCGAUGUCAUGUAUACCUGAAAUUCUAGAGGAAUUGUAUAAAGCAGACAUUCUAGAAUUUUUGGCUGGUUUACUUGAGCAGUACGGACCACUGAGACCCAAAUAUAAAGACGUGAUGAACCUAAUAGCCCCGGUGCUUUAUGACUGUCUUUACUUGAAUAAUGACCGCAUGAGUGAGUUCCUUGAUAUGGGCACGCUACCCUACUUGAAGAGUUUGGCACAGAUGAAUUUACCGUUUAGGCAAUUUAUUCUCCCCAUUAUGUGCGAACUUGUACAUUGUGACAGUAGCGUUCGGGCAAAUAUGAAGAGGCACGAUAUACUUGGCUUGUACCACAAUCUUAUUCUCGAUCCUUAUUGGCAAUCGAAUGCAUUGGAGUCUAUAUUACACUGGAGCAAAGUCAACCCUCAUUAUGUCCGGAUCAAUGGUACAACCUCUGUCAAUUGUCUCACCGCUGGUUUUAUCAUACCGAAAGUAGCCAGUGUUGAAGCGGUUUUGGAUGUUUACCUACAGCUAUUGAGUUCAAAUACCAACUUAGUACGAAGUAUGUUGCUGCCAACAGUGCUAAAAAACAUUUUACAGAAACUUGAACUGUAUGUUCAAAGUCCCGUGGUGCAGUUGCUGCUUUUAAAAAUAUUGAAAUGUAUCGUAUCUUUUAACUCAAGAGAUUUAAAAAAUCGCUACAAUGACUUUUCAAUCUUGUAUGUUACAAUUAAAGAAGCAAUGGAUAACCUUGCACUGCGAAGAAGUUCAAUUUUAAUAGAUGAAGUUGCUAAAGAGAUUUGUUUUUUGGUCUCAACUCAAUCACACUAG